AGCUCAGAGUCGUGGAAUAAGCGGCACAGCAUCGCCAUCGGGGAGAUCCCGGAGCGCCGGCUGACCCAGCGGACAGAAAUAACCCAGAGACAGCUGGAGCACAUCUGGAAGAAGAGAACGCUGAUGCAUCUGCAGUGUGUUCUGGGUCUGCAGUCUCUGCAUGAACUCCUGGACGUCGCUCUGAUCAACCCGAAACACAUCGUCCACAACGUGUGCGGAGUCAACAAGCAGAACAUCGUCAUCCUGAAGAGCAGAUCAGAGGAUUUGCCUCACUGGGUUUUGUCAGCGAUGAGAUGUCUGGCGAACUGGCCUCACGGUGGCGACAGCAGGAACUGCAUGUACCCCGGGUUCGAGCGAGACGUCUUCAAGACCGUGUGUGAAUAUUUCCAGAGUCUGCAGGAGCCGCUGCUCACCUUCCGGCUGUAUGAAGCCUUCGUCAGUGUUUUAGGGCUCCUGCAGUACCAGGCUCUGGCUGUGGAGGCGCUGCAGGUGUGUUUUCUCCUUCUGCCUCCUGCUAAUCGCCGUAAACUGCAGCUGCUGAUGCGUCUGAUGGCCAAAGUGUGUGUCAACGCUUCCCUGCCGCCGCUGAACGACACCAUCAGCACUCGAACACUGAUGGUGCAGACGUUUUCCCACUUUGUCUUGCGCUCUGCUGCUGAUCUGGAUCUGGAUGAUCUGCUGUCCUCUAAGCUGCUGGUUUUUCUGCUGGACCACGAGGAGCUGCUGGAGGUGCCGGCGAGCCUGCGGAGGAGUGUGGAGGAGGAGGUCACACAGAUCACACGCACACAGAUCCGACCCGCAGGCUCAGACAGCGACUCCUCUGCAGUGUACUGUUCUCAGAUCAGCUCUCAGCAGUUGGAGCAGCAGCGAGUCUCAGUUUCCCACAUGGAGGAUCUGCUGGAGAACAUCAUGAAGAUCAGCAGCGGCCGCGAGCGCAGGAGGAGACUGAAGCAGUUCAAGAGAGUUCAUCCAGAGAUCUACAGCAGACGCUUCCCUGAGGACGGAGAGACCAGAGCGAGAGCCAAACCAGCCAUGCAGACGCUGAAGAGCCGCUUCCAGAGGAGCUGGAGCUUCAGGAGCUGAUCCCACAACACACACACUACAUUUAUACACUACAGACACACACACUACAUAUAUACACUACAGACACACACACACACUACAGACACACACACUACAUAUAUACACUACAGACACACACACUACAUAC